CGUAUAAUAUGUUUAGUAAAAUGUUCAAGUACUUCAACACAAUUCUCGAAUUUUGUGUCAGUGGUCGUUUGCCUGCCUUGCCAUAUCCCUCCUUUUUUUAUACAGCUGGCCGGUCGUAUAUAUUAACAAGCAGUUCGCCCAAUCCGAUGUCAGUAGCAGGAUUCUAGGACCAAUCCUAGAACCCAACAAUGGCAGGUCCAGAUGUGUGUUGUAAGAAUACGGGUGGGAAAAAUGUAAUGGGUCAACCACUUUUCUCCACACAUAUAAGUCUGAACUCCCAUUGGCAGAGGCGCUCAGCUGGGGGAGGAGCGCGCGCGCACACGCACACCCACAUGCACACGCACGCGGCCAAAAAGGCAGCACCUUUUUUUCCUUUUCGUCCAAAAGUGACGGAUGCUUGGAGUUCAUAAUUUUUCCCUCCUCCUGGUGAUUUUAUCCACGUUACACAUUUUUUUCUGAAACGAGAAGUAGAGAGUGGACUAAGACUCGCUUCACUUCAAACUACCAAAGUUUGAGAAGGGACUCUCUCGUUCAAGCACGCUCCGGAGAAACCUUUUUCCCACGUUUGUUUUGUUUGUUUGUUGUUUUGAUGUUGUGAGUGGAGUUCCUGUGUGUCAGCGCGUUCACGUAACGGAGUGCGCGAUGCAGGCGCGCUACCCGGUACCCAGUCCCAGCUCCUUGGGUGUUGUGCCGUACAUCACCGGUGAGCAGGGCUACUACCGGGCGGCAGCUGGGGGCGGGGGCGCCGGCUACACGGGCAUCCCGUCGCCCAUGAGCGUUUACACGCACACGGCGCACGAGCAGUACGCAUACGGCCCGUACGUGCACCACCAGCAACAGCACCACCUUCCCCACCAGCAGCACCAGCAGCCGUCCCCACUGCAGCCCAAGGACGCGGUGAAGCCCCCGUACAGCUACAUCGCGCUCAUCACCAUGGCCAUCCAGAGCUCGGCGGAGAAGCGCGUGACGCUCAACGGCAUCUACCAGUUCAUUAUGGAGCGCUUCCCGUUCUACCGCGAGAACAAGCAGGGCUGGCAGAACAGCAUCCGCCACAACCUGAGCCUCAACGAGUGCUUCGUCAAAGUGCCGCGCGACGACAAGAAGCCCGGCAAGGGCAGCUACUGGACGCUGGACCCGGACUCCUACAACAUGUUCGAGAAUGGCAGCUUCCUGCGGCGCCGGCGGCGCUUCAAGAAGAAGGACGUGCUGCGGGACAAGGAGGAGCGCGCGCCGCCGCGCCACGACGAGCGCCGUGAACGCUCGGAGGAGGAGGACGAGCACGAGGACACAACGCAGGAGGAGAAGGAGGAUGAGGAGGCCCUCCGAGCCGCAGCGGUGAAACUCGGGGAGGUGAAGACUGAGAGUGGCGCGUGCACGCCGCCACCGCAGACGCCGCACGUCGCUUCCACGCUGCUUGCGUGCGUGACCAAGAGCGAGAGCCCGGAGGGUGGCAGCCCGCGCUUUGCCACAGCAGACGGUGUGGCCUCGUUACCCGCGCACUACAGCCCGCCCUGCGGAGGCAUAGCGGCGGCGUACGCGUACGCCACAGAGCGCGUGCACGAGGACGCAGCGGCAGCAGCAGGGCCGGAUUACUUGUGCCAAAGCCGGCUUGCACCCUGGUGCUUGGGCCAAAGCGCGAGCAUGAUGGGAGGACAACAGCAGCAGCAACAACAACAGCAACAACAACAGCAACAACAACAUCAAGGAGGCUUUCCCAGCUUCCAGGCUCUGAACGGCACCUCGCCGGUAACCGGCUGCCAGAGCGCGUUCCCCGCCGCGCCGCCGCCGCUCUACCGGGGAGCUGGAGCUUUCGUGUAUGACUGCAGCAAGUUCUGAUUUACAUAAACACACACAUACUCACACAAACAGGACUACAAGAGCACUAUGGGUUAUCCUCUUCAGUGUUAAACGAGGAGGUUGGAGUUGGAGGAGGGAGCGGGAGCGCACUGCUAUGUGUCCGCGGUGAGUAGAGGAGGCCGAAGGCGCUCAGGACUCCUCUCCUCUCCGCGCUCCUUCUUUCACUAAUUUAUUAUUUCACUCUCUGAGCGGCUCUGUCUUUAUUUAUACACACCUUCACAUGGACCGUGACUGUGCAGGAAACCUUUAUUUUAAUUACUCCAGAUGUUAUUAUUAUUAACUUUAUUAUUAUUAUUAUUAUUUGGUAAAUAAAUGUGCCUUCCUGUUGAAGUUAAACCCUCGAGUGAUUGGUCGCUUUGCUUUGGUGUAGAAAAGAUUAGGUAAAGGUGAUCAACAUCCUAGUCAAAAAAUGCUUUUAGUUCAUAUGCUUCAAGUGGUUGAGCUGAAUGAAAUGGACACAGUCCUGCGUCAGAUAAAUGGGAAAAGCAGUUAGUUGUGUUCAUACAGCACACCGUAUUCAUAUACAAAUUCAUUCACCGAGACACAUUUGAGUUACGCACACAACACGCUAUUUAGCUCUUUAUGGUGUAAUGAUUGUUAGGCACUGGUUUGAAACACGUUGUUACUGUUUUAUGACUGUUAUAAGAAUUUAUAAAUUGAGGCCUCGAGCGCAAAGCUGUGUAGGCCUUAAGUAAAUGAGCCUUAUUUUCUUAUCUAAAAAUACAAUUAUGAUAAAACAACAAAAACACCGAUAGUAAUAAUAAUAAUAAUAAUAAUAACAAUAAUAAUAAUAAUAAUAACAAUAAUAAUAAUAAUAAUAAUAAUAAUAAUAAUAAUAAUAAUAAUAAUAAUAAUAAUAAUCUGCGAUGGAUUGGCGGCCUGUCCAGGGUGUAUCCUGCCUUCCGCCCGAUGCCUGCUGGGAUAGGCUCCAGCCCCCCCCCCGCGACCCUUCACGGAUUAAGCGGUUGACAAUGAGAUGAGAUAAUAAUAAUAAUAAAAUCUAUAAAAGCAGCUUUUAUAAUUUCUGAUCUUAAAUUAUUAUUAUUAUUUUAUUCUUUUUAAAUAGCUUGAUUAACGCUUUUUACAUUAGCUCACAAAACGGCAGAUAGCCAAUACAGUAGUCAGUAGCUGCCCAAUAAUUAAUCAGUAAUUUUAAUUUAGUAUUACAUUGAAUUACAACAGCUGAAUCGAAACAAACGAGUUAACAAAUGUUCAAUGCAUUAAAAACACAACGGUUAAAUUGAACUAAUAACUAUUAUUGAAGCUGAGGUUAGGUAUUCUGGUAUGCUUUGUUGGUUUUAAUUGAUUGUAUCUUAUUUACUGAAGUUAUGAAUUGUGAAUUUCUGAUGAAUCAGAAAAAACUACGCUAUUUCCACAGAGUAUAAUUAACCCUAUCAGAUGGACUUGUGUGUGUGUUCGGAGCGCUAAACAGGUUUAUUUUUAGCUUCCUGACCCAGACUGCUUCCAGCAGACGCUCAGUUCCUCUGACUGGUCACAAUUAAAGCUCAUUUCUGCGUUAUUUGUCAAACCGUAAACAGACGCUGACACGAUUACACGCUAAACACAUGCAACUGAUCACAGCCACAGGCCUAAACACCAGCUCAGCGCCUUUACAUCCCGCUGAACACAAAGCUAAAUGACUUAAACGCAUCGUGUUUGGUGUGUGUUCAGGCCGGGUAAUUGAUCCUGUAGGCUAAAAGAUGGAGGGAUUAAGUGAUAAAGGGAAGAUUAGAAAGGGAAAAGACAGGACAGUCGUGGAAAGCCAGGAUGUUAGCUGGAUGUGCAGUACUGCAGUACUGUGAGUGUGUGUGCCCGCAGGGUCGGUAUUAGAGCUGUUUUUCUUCUCUCUGCUCGGACUCAAGUGCCAAAACGCAGUGCAGGUGUGUGUUCAGGGCUCGUGGCAGUCAAAGGCUCUUUGUUGUGAUCGUUCAAGCCGAGGGGGAACACGAUACCGCGCGGAGGCCCUACGGGAGUUAACGAGCCAAACACGCUUCACACACACUCUCAUACACACACACACACACACACACACACGUGUAACGCAGUAACCCAGUGUCAACUGCUAUGAACGACAUAACCCGUCGCCGUAGUGGCAUUUAGUACAAAGAACGCGUUCAUUUUGAGGUGGUUGGUGACUUUCUAAAAACACAGUGUGGGUUUUUCGUUUUUAGAAAUAACUAUAGUCAAACUUAACACACUGUGAAAUCUUUUUAUUUAUUUAAGUCGAUUACUAUUGGUAGAAAUCUCGGGUUGUAAGAUAAUACAAAAUCAUAAUAAAUGCAAAUUAAUUUACUAUAUAUGCAUAUAAAAAAAUCAUCAGUUUCAUCCCAAGAAUACGUUGGAGUUACCUAGCGAGAAAAUAAUGAAUCUCAUUUGAAAAGUGACAUUUAAAUUUAAAACAAAAGGGACCAAUACAUACUCCUCCUGGUUGUUCCAACUUGGCCUUACAUUUACAGAGCAAAGAAAAAAUGUGAUAAGUAAAUUGAAAAACAAAAAUAGUAAAAAAUAAAAAAAUAAUUGUACAGAGAAAACACGAACGGUCUGUAUAAGUAAAUAGAAAAUUAAUCUGCCGAUGAGUAUGCGUUUCCCAGAUAUGGUCUGGGACUGCAUUCAUUUUAUUCUGGGAAUACAUUUAAUACGAGGUUGAUCCCCAACGCAUUACUUUCAAUUUCAAUUAAUUUAUUUUAAACGCGAUUUAAAAUACAUACGGAGGUAAAAUAAUUUAGCCGAUUUAUUAAAACCCCAAUAGCCAAGUUUACAGUCCAGAAGAAGUGUAAUUUAAAGUGCUUGCUUUUCAAUAUCACAUUUGUUCCUCCUGGUACUGCAUAUCUAUUAAACCACGCGCUUAUCUGCAGAUAGGAUUUGAAUGUUUGAUGUGUAAUCUCAUGUAGAAUCAUAUAGUAGGUCAGGUGAGGUACUACACAAGCGAAGACAUGGUAUUUUUUAAUAUGUAGUAUAACACGUUUGGCUCUAUCUCUGUUUUAUGCAAUGAGAUUCACAGGUCCCAAUUGUCCCAUAACACAAGCAAUGACUGUACAUUCUAUGUACUGCGGCCUUAGGCAACCAGUCAAUAUCUCCCAUAUAAUCACACUAAACCACGGUGUGAGGCUUUACCAUAGAGCCACAGUCAAGGACUAAGGAGACCAAUACAGAACAGUGGGACCACAACAGCCUAAACUGCAGUGGUUUAGAUACUCUCUGUAGAAAAUUCCUCUCAUUGGUUAGAUUCACUCUCUAGUGUAUUUUAGAUGGAGGCUUGUUGUAAAAGGCGCGCAAUGAAUAAUUAUUAAAGUUAUUUCAUAUGAAAUAUGAGAAACUCCACUACUGGUAUUUUAAUUUUAAAGCAGAUUUAGAGAUUUUAAACUCCACCAUGGUGGAUGGAUCCAUACACUGAAAUCAUGCAGUAUGAGAAAUAGUACUCCACUGAAGUAGUAAACACACUGAAAUAAAAUUAACAUUUGAAA